AGAGAGUCCAAAUCCGAGAAUGUUGCGAGCAACAAUAAUUCUCUCAGCUCUAAGUUUGAGCUUUGCAGUUAAUUCUGAUUUACCAACCAAUUAUGAAUACUUCACGUCAGAUGGAAUUAUUUCUGGAUUGUCAGCGGAUCAACCUUACUUUCUCCUUAAUGGCAAAAAUAUGACGAUUUACAGUGGAGCGAUCCACUAUUUUAGAAUUCCUAGAGCUUAUUGGAGAGAUAGAUUAAGGAAACUUAGAGCAGCAGGAUUCAAUACUGUGGAAACCUAUAUUGCGUGGAAUUUGCAUGAAUAUCAAUCAGGUGUUUUCGAUUUUGGCGGUGGAGGAUCCGAAAUGGAAGAUUUUCUUUACCUCGAAGAAUUUCUCAAAACAGCCCAAGAAGAGGAUUUAUUCGCUAUUGUUCGAUCUGGGCCGUUCAUUUGCGCCGAGUUUGAAUUCGGAGGUUUUCCAAGUUUUAUUCUUAGAGAUGGCGACAGCUUGGUGGUUCGCAAGAGUAAUGAAUUGUAUAUGAAUUAUGUAUCAAGAUGGUUUAACGUUCUUAUGCCAGUCUUGGCCAAACACCAAUUCACUAAAGGAGGUCCAAUAAUCAUGUUCCAAGUUGAAAACGAAUAUGCAUUGACUGGCUACGCUGAUCAUGCCUAUUUAUCAUCUUUGAGACAGUUGAUGUUAGAUAAUGGUAUUGUAGAACUUUUAGUAACAUCCGAUAAUCCAUGGAAGGGAGUCAUUGGUACUGAUAAGGAUUACUUCUUUAUGACUGGAAAUUUUGAUUCUGAUCCUCAAAAGAACUUGGACGAUCUUAACGCUCUACAACCUGGCCGUCCUGUUAUGGUCAUGGAGUAUUGGUCUGGAUUGUUUGAUUAUUGGUCCAAAGACCAUCAAACCAAAAGUGUACAAACUUUCCAGUCUGUUUACGAAUCUAUUCUGGCCUAUCCAGCAUCAGUUAAUAUGUAUAUGUUUAUUGGUGGUACGAGUUUCGGAUUUUUGAAUGGUGCUGAGAAUUUUGCUUUUGAUGGCUGGAAUACAGACUUUUUGCCAAUGACAAAUAGCUACGACUAUGGCGCCCCCUUGGCGGAAAAUGGAGACUAUACAGAUAAAUAUUGGGCAACUCGGAAACUUUUGGCUAAAUAUAAUCCAAUUAAAACUAAACUACCCGAUCCUCCAGCUUUGGCUAACCGUUCCUUGUACGAAUUCGUUAAAAUGGAAAAACAAAUUAGCUAUGGAGUAUUAUUAGCUGAGGCGAGCUCUUAUCGAACUCAUAAUCCUGUAUCAAUGGAGAAAAUGGAUAUAAAUGGAGGCAGUGGACAAAGCUAUGGAUAUGUUGUUUACAGAAAGCGAGGACUUAAUCUAGCUAAGAAUUCCUAUUUGGAAAUUGAUGGCCGAAUAAGUGAUACUGUGAUGGUUCUAAUCAAUGGAAAACGAGUUUCGCCAAUUUUAGAAUCAAAAGCUGAUUUAGAUGGUUUUGGAACUUGGAGAACCUUGAAUUCUUACUUGUUAUUGAAUUCUGAUGAGGAUUUACUUAAUGUUGAAUUAGAUUUAAUUGUUGAAAAUUGGGGUAGAGUAAAUGUAGGUGAUUCCAGACAAUAUAAAGGAAUCUGGCAGGGAGAUAUUAAAAUAAAUAACCAAGUAGUUACUGACUGGAUAAUGUACGCAUUGGAAUUUAAAAAGUCUUGGACAAACAGCCUGAAAUAUUGGGAAGAUAUUCCUGCAGCUAAAAAUAAUUCUUCUCCAAUUCUUUAUAAAGGUACUUUAAAUAUUAAAGGAACUCCAGGCGACACUUACGUCUACACAGAAGAAUGGACUAAAGGUAUUGUAAUGGUAAAUGGAUUUGUUCUGGGCAGAUAUGCUAAGAUGGGUCCACAGCAAACACUGUAUUUGCCUGGAACAUUGUUGAAGGAAGGAGCGAAUGAUAUUAUGCUUUUCGAACAAUUCACUGCAGCUGAUGGAGUUAAGUUUGUUGUUGAACCUGUGUAUAACAAUCAUUAAAAUAUUUUCACUCUUA